CUAGUUCGCAUGCACAGUUUUGUUCUGCAUUUAUUUAUUAAUGGAAUUCUACGCGUUUUUCCACGAAAGUAAUGUCGCAAGAGCCAGCAGUCGCUGCCCCAAUUACCCCUGAAUACUGUCACUUCUUCAAGACCCUGCUGGUCGAGGAACUUGAGCUUGAAAACAACUAUCUGAGGCUACAUUACGGCCAGGCCGCAAUCAUUGGACGACUAGCGUUGCAGUCGGCACACUUUUUUUUGGAAAACGUUCGCGUUAGAAGUCUGCCAGAAAAUUGCUCCUUGCCCGAGGGCGCCGUAUCCUUGCUCCUUUUGGGACUCACCCGCGAGAAGGCCAUCGAACAACGCGUGAGUACCGGCUGCUAUUGCAUUGUGCGCGGUGAAGUGGUCCUGUGCAACGUCCUGCAUUCCAACAGUUCCACACUGACCGCCCGAGGAGUAAACGAGCAGUUUGCUAGUCUGGCCCAUGAUCCGAUUGCCCAGAAACAGUUCCUCAGCAAGCUACGACUAACACACAAACCGGCCAUCGAUUUGUGGUUCAUCCAGCCCAUCGACAAACCAGAAGAUCUGCUGACUCGCAGGCUAAAGAUUAGGGGGCUGACCGUGAGAUGA